AUGUCUUUAAACUUCAAGAAGAAGCAUGCUGGUAAAGAGCGUCAAGGCUCAAGUCCUGCUGGUUCACAGACAUUUGAGGAUGAUGAAUACUUCAGAGUCAUUGAAGGCAUCAAGAAAGUAAAACAAGUCGAUGCAUUCUUUUGUUGUUCAUCACACGCUUUAGGAUUUCAUUCUGCUCCUUUAACUGAUUCGGAUAUUGAAGCAAAGCCUAUUGUGCUUCUCAUUGGCCAAUAUUCCACUGGUAAAACGACAUUUAUUCGUUAUUUGUUAGACAAGUCCUAUCCAGGAGAACAUAUCGGUGUUGAGCCAACAACAGAUCGAUUUGUGUCUGUCAUGCAUGGAACUGAAGAGCGGGUCAUUCCAGGUAAUGCUGCAGCUGUAAAUCAAGAAUUACCCUUUCGAGGUCUCAAUCGAUUUGGACAAGCCUUUUUAUCUCGAUUUCAGGUCUCUCAAACCAAUUCACCUGUAUUAGAGAAUAUGACUAUCAUUGACACACCUGGUAUUUUAGCAGGCGAUAAACAAUUGAUCGAGCGUGGUUAUGACUUCACCCAAGUGAUUGAAUGGUUUGCUGAACGGGCAGACUUGAUCUUGUUGAUGUUUGAUUCGCAUAAACUGGAUAUCUCGAAUGAAUUCAAGAUGGCUAUCCAUAGCUUACGUGGUCAAGAAGAAAAAGUGCGUGUGGUUCUGAACAAAUCAGACAUGGUCAGUCAACAACAAUUGAUGCGUGUCUAUGGUGCCAUGAUGUGGUCUUUGGGUAAAGUUGUCCAGACACCUGAAGUCAUGCGUGUCUAUCUCAGCAGUUUCUGGACCGAGAAACCACCGAAUUGCUUUGAGGAUUGUCGAGAAUUGAUUGAGGCAGAAUCCAAAGAUCUGUUGCGAGACCUAAAAGAACUCAGGAGAAAUGCUGCUAUUCGUAAAAUCAAUGAGAUUGUCAAGCGAGCUCGUUUAGCCCGUGUACAUGCCUUGAUUGUCUCGAGUCUCAAAAAAGAACUGCCGUCUAUGUUUGGUAAGCGCAAGAAGCAAGAAGCACUCUUGAAGAACUUGGAUCAAGAAUUCAUCAAGAUUCAGAACAAAUACCAUCUUCCUGCUGGUGAUUUCCCUAACCCAGAACGAUUUAGACAAAACUUGGCCUUGUAUGAUAUUGAUAAAUUCAAGAAUUUAAAAGAAGAUUUGAUUAAAUCUGUUGAUGAGGCUUUAGGAACAGAUUUGCCUCGUUUGAUGUCUCAAUUCCCUACAGGUAAUCCUGAACUUCAACAGAGUGAGAGAAACCCAUUCCAGGAUGCCAUGUUGCCUGGUCCUGGUGAAGUCCCUCCUUCUUACUGGCAUUUUGAUUCCAUUGACAAGAAUGCCUAUCUUCAUCGAUUCCAACAAUUAGGUCCUCGUGAGGGUAAAGUGUCUGGUGCUGAUGUGAAACCAAUUUUGAUGGAAAGUGGGUUAGCUAAUGAACAACUCGCUCAAAUAUGGCGACUCUCUGAUUUUGAUAAUGAUGGUUAUAUGGAUUUAGAUGAGUUUUGUAUUGCCAUGCAUCUGAUUAAAGCAGUGCAAAAUGGAGCUCAAUUACCAGAAAAACUACCUAGUACCUUAUUGCCCAAUCGAAAGUUUUAA